CGACUCGUCUGUCUCGGAUAUCGUAUCAAAGCCCACACAUAAGCAACACCCGAUCGUGAGAAAGAGGAAUAGAAAGAAUAAUGGCCACACCAACGACGCUCUCACGCUACCUCACGCGCCUCGAAUCCUCCCUCGCAGACCCUCACACGCGCUCUUCUCCGUACGAACGCAAUCGCAUAGCAGCCAAUAUUGAACAUGCCCGCGCUAUGCUCCUCACGCUUGAGAAGGAAACAUCUACAGUGCGAGUACAGUCUUCCAAACAAGCUACACAAGCCGAACUUCAGAAAAGCAGAGAAUGGAUCAAGAGGUUGAAUGGGAGGUUGUUGGAGAUGAAUAGUGCUGCACAUGACGAUGACGACGAGGAUGACGAUGACAGCGAGAAGGAUGGUGUCAAUUACAACAGUUACGGUCCAGCGAUAUCUGGAACAGAAGCGGGUUUGGAAGUGAGAACGGGAACCGGAGGAUUAGGCAAAGCGGGCGGAGAUGAGGAAGAGAUGUUAAGAGAUGUUCAACCACAGCAACACCAGCAAGAAAUACGAGCACGAAAACAAGCACCAUCAUCAUCAUCAUCAUCAUCAAAUCUCAAACCAACAGACAACAAAUCCGCAGCAUCAACGACAGCGCGCGAACAACUCUUCGCAGGCCGUAACGCAUCCAAAACCCAACAGUCAAACCCCAGCCUCUCCAAUUCCGAAUCCCUCCUAUCGCACAACCGCGUCGAACAAGAGACUCUCACCUCGGGCUUAUUAGCACUCGCGCGCUCCCUCAAAGAGUCGUCGCAACAAUUCGGCGCAUCGCUCGAAUCCGAAAAAGAUAUCCUGAAGCGCGCCGGGCAAGGUUUGGAUAAGAAUGCUGCCGGGAUGGAGGCUGCGGAGAAGCGGAUGGGGGCGUUGAGGAGGAUGAGUGAAGGGCAGGGGUGGUGGGGGAGGAUCAAGUUGUAUGGGAUGAUUUUUGGGUUGUGGGUGGCGUGUUUUAUUCUGGUUUUUUUGGGUCCUAAAUUGAGGCUCUAAAACAAGGGGGGUUAGGACAGAAAGAUGUUGAUAUGGCGAUAUGAAGUGCGCGGUAAGAGGGAAAAGAUUUGAGGGAUUUUGAGAAAAAUGGUUCAAGAUGGGUUGAUUGUUCAACUCGGAUGUGUGUGCCUGGGAAGGGAUGACCCAGAUAUUGUUCCAUUAUC